CUACAUGGACUGUAGGAAAAAUGGACGCACUCAACCAUAGUACACAAAUAGAAGAGAAAAAAACGAAUUCAACCAACUCCACAGCCAAAAGGAGGGUGGCAAAUGCAUACACAUCGGCCGAGACCAUUAGGUUUCGAAGUUUUCUACCUACACUUCCAAACCUUCCCCUAACUAACCAUCACUCUUUUUGUUCUCUUUUUCCAGCUAAAGUAGACCGACUGUCUCCUCUUUGCAAUGGAGGAGUGCUGCGAUGAAGAGCAACAGUUCAGUCUCUCCAUCUUCCUCACCACCAACCCCUCCAUCACCUCUUCCUAUUAGCAUCGGACCGGGCAAUCAAAGGUACACCUUUACCCCAUCUCCUUCCAUAUCCCCACCAUUUUCAGUGUCCCCUUCCAGCCACACUUCCGCCGAUGACCUUCCUUUCAUGCCGCUGGGAAAGUCUGCACAACGAACUCCAUCAGCAUUCUCCUUGGAUCGGCCGGAGAGAGACAAUCGGGAGCCAGAAUCCAGCAGUUCAUGCCUCAAGGACUUGCUUGAGUGGGUUAUAGAGAGCUGUUGCAGGUGCUUUUCAUGGUUCCUGAAUCCGUCGUCAAGAGCCACAAGCAAAAUAUUCAUAUCUGACAUGCCAGGCAAUUCUUCACGCAUCCCCACAAUAAAAUCUUGCUCAAGUUCUAACCAAGUCAGGACUCAAAAGACAUACUGAACCUCAACUCUGUUCCUGGAAAGACCUCUUCUAAACUGCAACUCUUGCGCACCAUAGCCACCACUAAUCCUGGAAUGAAUCAUGUAGACUGAAUUGUCAGUUCCACUGGUUAACCAACUCUCACUAGGUUAAGUCUUUUGCCGACAAUGAACUCUGUACAUUACUAACACUAUUGAAGUUGCGAAACAGGUAGAUUUGGCAUUUCAUACCUACUGCUGCUGAUUUUGCUGUCGUUGGGUGAAAUUGGAGUGAUUCUGAGUGACAUUUUGAAGACCUACCAUAUUAGGCUGUAAAUUCUGAGCAGUAGGUGCCAUAUUACCGAAAGCUCCUUGUGAACCAAGCUGUUGCUGCUGUUGUUGCUGCUGCUGUUGCUGUUGCUGCUGCUGCUGUGGCUGUAUGGGCAUCAUGCUACCGGGAUUUGAAACACCUAUAUUGUACACUACAAGGAAAUUCAGACAUUUAAGAAUCCUAGCUCAACAAUCAAAUGCAAGAGAAUCAAAUGUAACAUUCCUCGUUGAGGGGCGAAGGUAGGAGUGCAUUGAUUAAGAUAUCCCACACAUUGCAGAACUUACCAUACCAGUUAGUACUAAGUUGGACCUAACAGUACCACGUCCAAUAGUUAUUUCAAACUAAAAACCACUGUACUUAAUAUUCCAGAGAAAAUAUGGAUAAAUAUGAACAGCAUAGGUAUUUACUUUGAUCAUUCAGAAUUUGAGAUGCAUGCCUCUGAGCAUUAGUGCCAGCAAGUCCAAACUGCAAACCAGGUGGAUGAAAGGAAUCACUGUAUCAGAAGUAAUUCUAGACGCAUAAUAGAACUGCAUGCUACAACUUAACACUGUGAGUUGCAGUUGAGUUUCAUCUGGCAGGGGAAUCCAACCAUGAGACAAUCAAUCCAAAACUCAAAAAUAAGAUAAUAAAAAAUAUCAAACAUAUUAUGGUGAUGAACCCUUUUAUUUGGACGGGUGGAAUGGUGAUUACAUAAUCCAAAUAACAAGGUGUAUAUAUCCUCUAGAAUGUACUUGUAUCCCAUGGCUCCACCGAGAUGAACUACUUAUGAUUUAUUGACUUCGGCCAAAUUUGAUUAUAGAGGAGCAUUGAAAUAUCAAUAUGGUAGGAGUUUCAGGCAACAGAUUCACAAACUCUACAGUCUACAUGGACAUUGCAGUUGCAAUUUGCAAACAAAUUGGUUUGGAUUUUUGAAACGUUUUAUUUCUAUCAAUUGUUUUACAUAAUCAAUUAUUCAACAUCUGAUGUUCAUACCAGACAGGCAGUCUAGCCAAAUCCAGGUCGAUGACAUAUGAUCCUCAUCAUGUAGCCCUGUGCAACUAGUACAUUCUCCUAACCACCAUGACAAUUAACUUAAAUCUAUCCAGCUCUAGCUUGACAGUCUCUUUUCAGAGUCCAGACAUCUAGCUCCCUGUAAUGAUGUUAGUUAAUUGCCCCCUUCUGAAUAUAUACUCUGGUUCUAAUCCGGUGGGACAUAUCAUAUUUUUCAGCCAGUGGUCAGAACUAAAGCAACCUAUUAUAAGAUCCACCAUCAACCCCUGGAAACUAGCUACUCCAACUUAAAAAGGAAAAGGAAAGGAAGAAGUGGAAAUUACCAAUAUUACAUUGGUAGCUUACCCAGGGGCGGACCCAGGAGGGUUUAAGGGUGUCCCCGGACACCCCUAAAUUUUGGGAAAACGAUUAUCCAACCCCAGGUGGUAAUUUACGUAUGGACAAAAAAAAAAUAUAAUUGAUAGUGAAGGACACCCCUUAAAUUUGAAAAAAUGAUUAUCCUACUAUCAUUUGUGUAUAGGAAUAUAAGUGGUAGGUUGGA